AUGGUUAUCGAUAUACGCAGACUAAGUAAUGGGACUGGCCCAGUACGAUCUGUUUAUCAACAUGGACAUUUUUGUGUUCGUGCAUUUCAUCUUUUUCUAACAUAUCCAAUUUAUUCAUGCUUUUUACUUGUUAUAAUUUACUUAGAAAUAAUGGAUACCAUACUUUAUUUUCAAAUACGUUCAAGAGGACCAUUAGAUUUAAAUACGGCAACAAUAAAUCAUACAAAUUUUGAUAAAUUUCAUCAAACAAUAACUGAAGCAUUAAAUGAUACUCAUAUGUUUAAUGCAUUAUCAAUCAAAAAAAUUAUGGUUGGACCAAUAACUCAGUAUGUUCGAGCGCCACUAGCUGAAUAUGUUGAAUCGAAUCUUCAUUUUACGUAUUAUUUUCCAUUAAUAUCAGCUAAUGCUAUAUCAAUAUUUCAUUGCUGUUUGUCAUUGAUUUCAAUAAAAUUUUUUUCAAGUGAAUCAUUAUAUCAACGUCGAAUAGGUGUUUUAAUUUUUGAAAUUCGUACUUUUCUUGAUGAUCUUGAUGGUGUUGUUUUUCGUGCACAUGCAAAAAAUUCACAUUAUAAAUCCUACCAUGGUGGUUUAGGUUUUUAUGUUGAUGCUCUAAGUGAUGUAUUAGGUGGAACAUGUCUCAUAAUCGGAUGUUUACUUUAUUUUUAUAAACAACGGCCAAUUCGAUCAAUAACACAUCAAAUCAGUCGAUCAUUAUCAACACGUUUAAGUCGAUCGAGUGAUACUGAAAAUGAGGAAACAGAUGUGAUUAUAUUAAAUAUGGAUGAUGAACCGAAAAUUCCAUCAGUUAAUGAUAUAAAUACUAAUAUACUCGAAACAAAAGGAAGAAUAUUUAUUUCUUUAAGUUUAUUUACUUUACGUUAUUCAUUAGCAGCGAUAUUUUGGGAUAGAGAUGUACAAGCAUAUGAAAGUUUACUAGAUUCAUAUAAAGACAAAUCACAACAACAAGCUUUACAAUUAGCAAUUCUUCAUUCACCAUUAACUAUAUUAAUAUUUUAUUUAUGGAGAUAUUUAUGCGCAUUAAGUAUUCAAGAUUAUCUUGUAAUUGCUAUUUUCUUUGAUCGAACAUGGACUAUUAUAGAAAUGGAGAAUAAUGAUUUGACUUAUUGGAAAAACUAUCAAACAGCUAUGCAAUGGAUUCAAGGAAAUACGAUUAAUAAUGCGCCAAUAUUGAUGAGAGAAGAGGAAGAAAAUACAAUGAUUGAUGACGAUAAUGAUAAACAACUUCAAUUUACGAUUGAUGAUGAUUUGCUAGAUUUUUAUCGUCUUUCACGCGAUCACAAAGCAAAUCGAAAAAAUCAAAAAUCACAAGAGAAAAAUGAAGCUGAACAAUUUGAAUUGAUACCUGGUGAACAAAUGCGUCCUAAUGUUCAAUCGAUAAGUAAAUUACCACCUGUUAAUCGUUCAAAACUACGUCAAUUAGAACUUGAAUGGCUUUAUGGUUCAACAAAUUCAUCAAAAAUUCAUGCACGAGAAACACAGAUUCAAAUGGAAUUUGAUCAAAUAUUUGACAAACGACAACCUUCUUAUUUUCCAAGUUUACCUAAUCGACUUCAAUUAGAUCCAGAUUCAUAUAAACAACGUUCUUCUUUUCCAACUGUUACUAUCUCAGAUGCAACUUCCUAG